AUGGAGGAUUCGGGGCACAGUAAUUACUACGAUGUAAUAUCUGGUCUAUCUGCAUUUGAAUGUUCCCACGAAGUAUUGUUAAGCGCUGGUGAAUUGGAGCAGUUAGUUGAAAGUUCAGACGAAGAAUGCUGUAAGAAUGGAGAAACGACCGAUGAUGAAUCAUCAACGAUUGAGAAGAAGAGAUUAACGGUUCACGGAUAUCUCGGUGGGAAAGUAGACCUAACGGAGGCGUCCAACGCUAGCUACGAUCUCAGUCACACCUUACUGGGAGGCUAUGUACCAAGGAGACAGUUGGAGUCACUGUCCAGCAUCGAUUUUGCACAUUAUUUCCACAAAUCCCUUGAAUGCGAAAACGCAUUGCGCAAUUACGACCUCGUAAUGGAACAUAGACGCAGACGUCAACAAGCAGAAAAUAAUGAUAAUCAAUGA